AUGGAAUAUCCGGCUCAUUGGGCCACCAUGGCCAAAUGUAGUUUGUGUGGAGUCAUUCCAGAGAGUGCACCAUUGUAUCAGUGUCCAUUCCAGCACCAAUACUGUUUCAACUGCAUUAGUGAACUAAGAAAGAAUUAUAGAGGAAAUAUCAAGGGGGGUUCGACCUGUACGAUUUGUAAAAUAUCCGGAGUAUUUGCCCAAAGCAAAAUAAACACAGAUUUCCUAAACAAGAUAAAAAACAAACCAGGGAUAGGACGACCUUACAGGUACAACACGAAUUUGAUAAACAGAGGUCACAACUAUUCGAGAGCUCACGAGGCCGCACCGACUCACCACAGUCCUCCGCCAAAAAUAACCAUCGAGAGGCUGUUCCAACUCCCAUCCGAGGAAAUAAGGAAGAUACUGAGCCGGAGGAAUGAUUCGCCACGCCGCACGGACUCUAGCACAUUCUUGGAGGCAGCCGGAGAGAGAGCUGGGAACGUGCAACCCAAGAUAUGUACUAUGCAAAACGGCUUUUUGUCGAUGUCAAAAAUGCCAAUAAAAUGCCCUCAUAACCCAUGCAACAAAAUGGUAACAUUAUCAUCCUUCGUCACACACUUCAAGCACGAACACGCUGAUAUUCCGAGAUACAACAUCGAAAGAGGCAAGGAAUUGUGUAUACCCUGCAACGUUUCCAUCAUAGAACACGACCUGAGUCAUUGCCUAGCGAUGAUCACCGUCUACGAAAUUAACAAGAUAGACGUUAAUAAAUCCAAAAGUUCACAGAGCGUCAUAAAGACGUGCAGCAAGUUUUGUCAACAGGUGCCGAUAAAUUCGUUUUGGCUGAUGGUGACUGGGUCUGCUGAAAGGAGACCACACUGCUCUUACGCUAUUUAUUGGCUGUUUACCAUAUCCGAUGAAAAUUAUCAAAGUACUAUAGAGCUCUCGUCCAAGAUGGAUUCGGUCGCUUUGUCUACAUUUUGCGGAAUAAAUACGAGCAAAAGCGAUAAUUUCCUCAAUAUCGCUGAAAAUCUAAACUGUUUAAUAGUAACCAAAGCUUCUUUAGAUGCAAUUCUCAGAGAAGGGCCUGAAGUAAAUUUAAGAGUCACUGUACAUUGA